UAUUAUUUUUAAGUCAUAUGAUUUAAAUGACGUAGGCUUACACAUGUUUGUCCUCUAAAUGAACUUUUAGAAAUAUUUUUAUAUAGAGAAAGGGAUAUUUCUUUAAGCAAUAUCUUGUGUUUGAACAUUUAAAACAAGGGAAAGGUUGGGACCAUGAGUUCUGUACACAAAAACAACGCCAGUCGGAUACAAUUUGGUGCGAACUUGGAGAAACAAGCUGUUUAUCACAUUCAGUUCCUCAAGAAAGUGGAAGAUGCCGGAUAUCUUAAAGAAACACAUGUACUGAAGAGAGCUAUUUACAGAUAUGAGAAAUACUGGCUCCCGCUUGCGGCGGAUUAUCCGAAAGAAUGCCUGUCUGCCCCAUUGGGCAUCGCGUGGGUGUGGCACUGUCACAUGUUGUGCCCAAGGGCUUACGAACAGGAUUGUAUGGCCAUCGUUAACCGUCCGAUAAAUCAUGUUCUGCGCGAUCAAAAAGAUGCCAAGGCUGCUCAGCUAAAAUCACAAGGGCACUGGUCAAAGAAAUAUCAUGGCGAGCAUGAGCCAUUUCACGUGGAUUAUACAAUUCCUUAUGACUCUAGUGUCAUAGAUUCUUUCAAAUCCAGAUUGUCUUAUGAUAUAUUGUCUGCAGCUCAACGCCAAAUGUCAUUUUACUACCAAGUAUCACUUCCUCAUUACCAGGAUCCACAAUUCCUCUCCAGCUCCAUCUUUCGGUACCGGAUGUUCAUUUAUUUGAAAAUGCAGCUUCCGGAAGAGUUCCUGGUUCCGUGUUACGACAUUGAUCUAAUGUGGCACACUCAUCAGUUGAGCCCAUUUGUUUAUAAAAAUGACAUGCACCGUUUACUUGGAAGGCUGUUGAACCAUGACGACUCUACAACUGAUAGAAGCGCCGGAUCAAAGCUUAGCAUCGCCACCACCAAAACACGUCAACACUGGACUAAUUUCUACAACGAAUCCUUCACCUUCUUUGGAGCGAUGUAUCGUGGAAAUCCGCCAUCAGGUGUCCUACAUAAAAUAACACCGGAAGAGAUCACAGCGUUUUCUGCAAAGAGCUGCUCGAUUAUAUUUGACUCAAUUACGCUCACGCUCGUAUCAAGUGCACCUAAACAAUACGAAAACAUUUCUCUGUACGCUCAUCGCGCAGUCAAUACUACUGAGCAAACUCAAAUAUUCAAAUGGCGUAGACCCAAAAAUUGCCCGAAAGGAAGUUCGCAGAUAGUAUGGAAUGAAAAUCAAAAGAUGCAUACUUUUAAUGGCCGUAUAUCAAACAAUAUCAAGUUCACGCUGAAAGAGAAAGGCGGAUUGUGUAUGGGAUCAAAAGUUGUCCAUGGAUCAAACUACCUUCCAUUCCUACCACAUUUAGAAGCAGAACAAAAUUUACAAAAUGGCGGGAGGUUUCAUGAAAGAAUUGGGAUAGGCCAAGGUUUUUCCCUGGAGGUCAUCGGUCAUUUUUCAAGACCAUCACGUGCUGGCGUUUCGUUGUCGCUUCAGCAAGGGAGAUAUGAAAAUGCGACCGUGCCAGAGAAUAUAAAGGAGUUAUGGGGUCCGGUGUCUCUUGAUAGGCUUCCGCAAGGCAUAGACAAUAGAUGUCAAGUUGCAUCCCACAGGCUAUUGAAUCACAGUGGUAAGACCGAAUUCACAGUGCGGACUAUUCACAGCGCACCACUCGUGAUGUCGGUGGUUCAAGUCUUCUACCAUGACAAAAUGAGUGCUAUAGCGCACCUGGUCGCCUCGGACCAGCUUCCCUUGCCGACACAGUUAAAAUUCCCUACAGGCGGAGGAGUUAUUACUCUGAACCCAAAGCAGGGUGAGAGAGCCAUUUUGAUCAAGAACAACGAGGGAGACUGGGGGAUUGUUACUGGAAGAUGGGAUGGCUAUAAACGAGGAGUCGCUCCAAGUAGUGAUACAAGUGGCGAACAUGGAUCAUCUGGGACUUUGUGUAUACGAUUCUACAAUCUAACAACUAUGAAAUAUCCACAGACGCUGACUCUUGGCUACCGGUCGGAAAGAUACUAUUUCGAUAUAGCUUCUUCUGAUAUAGACCUCAAACAAGGCACAAUUACUGUAGACGAAAGUUGUUCCGAAGUCGCGGAAAAUAUUGCUCUAGCUUUUUCCGUAUCUUUACUGCACGUGUUGUGCGUACCGAGGCCAAAGGGUUGGAAAGAAGGGCAACAAGUCAAGCCACCUUCAAUAAUGAGGGGGUCAAGAGAAGUCAAGGGAGUACCCUCAGAUGAUUUGGCCCUUAUAGUCGCCGCUGGGCUUCUAAUAAGCGCCCCUUCUAACUAUUACUUUCAUAGUUUGCACGGUAAUAAUAUGUGCGCAAUGUGUUGGGGUGGAGCGGUCGAGUAUAAUGACCGUUUUCUGGAUACCAGUAGGUACGGCUAUGGUCAUGACGGUACGGCGUGCGGAGGAGGGGCUUGUGGUACGGUUUGCUCUGGUGGCUGUGGGGGUUGUUCUGGGGCGUGUGGAAGUGGGUGUGCAGGUGGAUGUGGAGGGGGAGGUUGUGGGGGUGGAGGCUGCGGGGGUUGUGGUGGUUGCGGUGGUUGUGGUGGCUGUGGUUAAUAAUGGAACAUCGUGUUUUUUCUGUAUACACCGACUGGCUUAGAGCUCUGUCCGUGAAGAUAAAUGUGUUUUAUCUAGAACUCUUGAUAUAUACGUCUAGAGACUAACGGGCCUAUUGUUGCAAAAGGUUGUAAAUAUUUCUGUUAUUUGUUGAUAAUGUUCUGUUUUCUGCAAAAUUAUGCUUAUAUGAUUAUUGAUGU